AUGCCUCAGCUGGCUCGAGAGGCUCCCAAGCCUCAGUUGGCUCGAACAGUUUUCCACGCCGUGCCUCAGGCGGCUCGUCAGGCUCCCAUGCCUUGGCCGGCCCGUCAAGAUCGCCCAGCCCCUCAGACCCCCAACACUCAGACCCAAAGCCCUCAGACCCCCAAACCUCAACCUCACAACCCCUCAGACUCCCAACCCCCACCCUCAGUCCCAAAGCCCCUCAGACCCCCAACCCUCAACCUCACAGCCCCUCAGACCCCCAACCCUCAGCACCAAAACCCCUCAGACCCCCAACCCUCACCCCCAAAGCCCCUCAGACCCCCAACCCCACAGCCCCUCAGACCCCCAACCCUCAGCACCAAAAGUCCUCAGACCCCCAAACCUCAACCUCAGUCCCAGAGCCCCUCAGACACCCAACCCUCAACCCCACAGCCCAUCAGACCCCCAGCCCUCAUCCGUCAGCACCAAAACCCCUCACACCACCAACCCUCAUUCCUCAGCACCACAACCCCUCAGACCCUCAGCAUGACAGCACUACAGCCCCUCAGAACCCCAACCCUCAUCCCUCAGCAUCACAGCCCCUCAGACCCCAACCCUCAACCAUCAGUACCACAGCCCCACCGCCACACUGCCAUGGCUACCUUCUGA